AUGUUGUUUACAGUUUUCUUUCUUCCUUCCCCAGUGCCAUUUUUCUUUUCUUCUUUCUUUCUUUCUUUUUCAUUCUUUCUUUCUUUCUUUGUUGAUUUUGACAUCUUUCUUUUCUUUCUUUCUUUCUUUCUUUCUUUCUUUCUUUCUUUCUUUCUUUCUACAUUAUUUAUUUGUUUCUUGACUCUUUCUUUUUAUUUUUCUCUUGUAUUUUUCUUUCUUCCUUUCCCAGUACCAUUUUUCUUUUCUUUCUUUCUUUCUUUCUUUCUUUCUUUCUUUCUUUCUUUCUUUCUUUCUUUCUUUCUUUCUUUGCUGAACUUCAGUGACCGUCCGAGAAACGGUGUUUCAACAUGUUCUUUCUUUCUUUCUUUCUUUCUUUCUUUCUUUCUUUCUUUAUUUGUUUGUUGUUUCUUUCUUUUUAUUUUUCCCUUGAAUUUUCUUUUUUCCUUUGCCAUUGCCAUUCUUUCUUUCUUUCUUUCUUUCUUUCUUUCUUUCUUUCUUUCUUUCUUUCUUGCUUGCUUGCUUUUUCUUUUUCUUUUUCUCCUCUAUUUUUCUUUCUUCCGUUCCUCGUGUCAUUCUUUCUUUUCUUUCUUUUCUUUCUUUCUUUCUUUGUUGCUUCUUUUCUUUUUUUAUACUAUUCCUUCCUACCCUUCUUCCUUCCUUCUUUCCUUCCUUCCUUUCCUUUCCGCUUCAUAUAUUCCUUUUUUCUUUUUCUUUUCUUUUACAGUUAAUCUCUUCGUUUCUAUGUAUUUUAAUUUGCUUAGCUUUUUCUGUCUUUUCCUCACUUCUUGA